GUACUGCUGUAUGAUACAUACUGCAUAACAGUACCAACAACAUGGGUAGAUUUUGAACAAUGUACAUUUCAAAUGCCGAAAAAAAGCAAACAGCUUACUCAAGCCUGUAUGAAAAAAUGGUUACCAUGUGCUGAUUGGGAUGAAUUCACAUAUCACAAAAGUUUUGGUCCUUAUGGAACGUAUCAAAGUGCACGGUUGGUAGAAAAAGCAAUAAGCGAUAUGUCUGCGUCAGACGAUAAUAUUAUAUUACAGACACGAACAGAAAAUGCUUUGAAAAAGAGGCUUAUUAAAAAACGAAAGUUCUAUGGCGACACAUCGAGUAGCGAAGAUGAACCAAAAAAGAGCAAAAUUACAAUGCCCUCAAAUUACAUUCCAUCAAUAGAAAGCGGAUAUGUAUCCAAUUCAUUAAGCGAACCGAUUAAUAAAUUGCCGACAAUCACCAAUCAUCAAUCAGCAUGCGAGUCCACUACAUUAAAUAAUAAGCCUUCAAAUACUUUCGACCAAAUCUUCGACAGUUGCUUAGAUGUAUCAAUACAAGAAAAACUAUCGGAUUCAUCGGAUUUCUAUGACAAAGAUUCUUAUCAUAAAGAGCAAUAUUGCAAUACAGAAAUGCAAAAUACAAUGACACACGAUAAUCAUAAGCAAAAAAAGAAACUUCAAAAGAAGUGCCGCAAGCAGUUAAAAAUGUGAAUAAAAAAAAAGAGGAAGCAAGUUUUUCAGCAAUAU